AUUGCCACACUAAAGCGCCUGGUUUUGGCCACACCCUUGGCAGGGCCGCCCGAACACGUCGAACCAGUGAUGACUCCCGGAGGGUGUGAACCAGGCCAGUGUUCACCUCCCCCUGCUCCUCUCCACCCCCCCGGCGGGGAGUCUUCACCACGCCGCAGUCCACCACCUCCACCCGGGAGAGAAGACACGCAAGAAGCUCCACAGCCAAAGCCCCUCUGGUGGUGGGAAGAGCCUUUUAGCCGGUGGACCUGCCUCGGAUAUCUGAGACGUGUCCUCACUCCCCCCCCCCCCCCCCCCCCCCCCGAGCAGAACCCGUGAAGCAGCUCGGAUACUCGGUCACUCGGUCCCGUGGGUCUCUACUGUAACCAUGGGGGACGUGGUUUCCUCUCACCUGGAUGAGAGCAGGCGGGAGGCGAUAACAGCUCGCACCACAGAGGUGAUGAAGCAGUUCGGUGACGUGUACAAGCAGCAGUACGCAGUCGCUCUCUUCAACAGCAUCCGCUUCGAGAUAGAAGGAGGAGGAGCGCCGCAGUCACAGCUGCUUCACAGGAAGGACCCUCUGGCAGGCCGCUCCAUCUUCUCUGGGAGUCUGUUUCAGUAUCUGGAGGAGAAUCGGAAGUGGAGGAAUCGCUUUGUAUCGGUGCCAGAGAGCUACACCGUCAGCCUCUAUGAGAGCAAGACCGCACACGAACGAGGCCUUCACCCAAAAGGAACCAUCAACUGCGCUGGGUACAAGGCCCUAACCUCCAUAGAGGAGUACAUGGAGCUGAUUAAUACCAGCCUCCCAGGUGUCAAGGCCAGUGCGGGCAGUAAUCCCUUCAUCAAGUGUGCGUCCCAGUUCCCGCUCAUCCUGUGGCACCCGUACGCCCGUCACCACUACUUCUGCGUGAGGACGGAGAAGGAGCACAAGAAGUGGCACGCAGUGCUGCAGGACUGCGUCAGGCACAGCAACAACGGUCUGUCAGAGGACUGCACUGUUCAGACGCCAGCCUUCACUGACUCCGUGAGACUUCACAGACAAGCCAAGGGACACUACGGGACCUGGGACAUGAUGUGCGGAAAACCCCCACAGAUUCUUGCUAAUCUGGUGAUGGAGACCCUCCACCCGGAGCUGAGGGCCGUUAUUGCGCCGCGCCUGAAGGGGAAGCUGCAGCAGAGGCAGAAGCACUGGAUGCUGAUCUCCGAUGCGGUGUACAGGCAGGUGUUGUCUCGGACCACCGGCCACUACGAAGCCCUGGUGGACUCCUGUCAGGCCCAGAGGGCGCCGCUGGACGCCAGACUGCGGACCGACAUGGACCAGAUCAUCGCGUCCAAAGAGCACGUCACCAGCAAGAUGCGAGCUCUGGUGUUGCCCAAGGCGGAGCAGCUCCUUCGCACCAACGUCCAGCCCUACAUCAGCUCCAUCCUGGAGGCCCUGAUGGAGCCCACCAGCCGGGGUUUCUCCGAAGUCAGGGAGGUUUUCUUCAGGGAGCUGGUGGAGAUCAGCAAGAACUCGCUCAACGGAGAGGGGAAAGACAUACUGGGAGACCACAUGGAGAGGCUGUCGAUGCUCUCCCUCCACCCGGUGAAGAUGCAGAGCUGCUACGAGAAGGUGGAGCAGCUCAACCUGGAGGGGCUGCAGCAGAGGUUCGACGUGGCCAACCCCUCGGUGUUCGUCAGCAGGGCUCAGAUCCUCAUGGGGGAGCAAAUGGACAAUGCAGUUUACACAUUUGAGCAGCUGCUCAACCAGUCAUUGGAGACCAAGGGAGAAGAUGACGUGUGCAAGACCAUCCAGGGAUGCCAGGACCGGGUGCUCAAGAAAUACGAUUAUGACAGCAGCACGGUGCGCAAGAAGUUCUUCAGAGAGGCUCUGCUGCAGAUCAUCAUCCCAUACAUGCUGCAGCAGCUCUCUCCCUCCUACUCACCUGAGCUGCCUCGCUUCAAAGAAAUGAUCUUUGAGGACUUUUCCCGUUUCCUGCUGGUGGGAAACCUGUUUGAGGAGGUGGUGCUACAGUGUGUCUCCAAGGACAUAAUGAUGGCGGUGAAGGAGGCAGCCGUCCAGAGGAGACACAACCUCUACAGGGACAGCAUCGUUCUGACCAACAGCGACCCCAACCUGCACCUGCUCGGAGAAAGCCCUCAGGUGGACUGGGCCGCCAAGUUCGGGGCCGACGAGCCGGAGGGCAGCGUCGGUGGCGGCGGCGGCAGAUCUGGCGGCUCCGGGAACAGACGCAGGCAGGUGGUGUCCAUGAUCCAGCUGGACGGAGUUCCUCUGCCCUUCGAGUCCUGCCUGGAGGUCCCAGGCGUGGAGCUCAUCCCCGAGGAGGACACCGAGGUGCCCGAGGGCACACAGGAGGACCCGGACCCGCUGGAGGAGGCCAAGUCUCCCGACCGCGUGGUUGAAAUCCGAGACCUGAUUAAUCCCGUGGUGGCGUUGGCGCUGCCCGCGUCGAAGGAGAGCCCGACCGACCUGACCAACGGGACGGUGCCCACCGCCGGCACCGUCACCUGGGAGGAUGGGGCGCAGGAGGAUGUGACGCAUGUGACCACCACGGUGAAGGACGUCCCCAGCAAGCCUCCGCGGGACGCGACUUCCACGCCGGCAGCGGUCCAGGAACUAGUCGAAAACACGAAGCGGGGACACGACGAGGAGCGCCAGGAGGAGGCCGCCAUCAAGAGCGCCAUCGGGGAAAUAGAAGAGGCGGUGCGGGAAGACGACAGCGGAAGGAUCCCCGAGGUCUCCGCAACAGAAUCGGACGGGGAGUCGGCUUCGGUCUCCGGCUCCCACAGCGACCGCGGCCUCCAGUCACCUGCCAGUGGGGGGGCGGACGAGGGCGCGCCACAGCCAAUCACAAACGGUCUGACCGGAGAGGACAAAGUGCUGGACCCGGUGGAAGUGGAAGUGCUUCUGGCGUAAGGGAGAGGACAGUCCUCCCAACGUGACUCUGUAGCAGGAGAUUAGCCAAAGGAACACGGGUUAGUCCCCUCGCCCUUUGGUUCCUUUCUAAGCAGCUUGGUGAAUUUCGUGGCAACGUGUAGUCAGAAUUUGAUAUGGUAGCAAGAUACUGCUUUCGUAUCUGCUCCUUUAUGCUCCUUUAACGUCACAGGGAUCCGGGGUUUAUCUAUGUGGGAAUUCACUUUUUUUAAAGUAAGUUUUAACCAACAAUUUCAUCUAAGUUAUUAAUGUUUUCAAGUUGUUUUUAAAGCUUUAUGUCAACCCCAUUUGUUUUGUUGUUGAUGCAUCACAUUAAUAAUCACAGCCUCUACAAUCUGCCUUUGAGAUGUGGCAUGGGGAUUUGUUUUACGAUAAUUUUAAAUUUUUCCGACUGUUUUUCCUGUAUUCACAAAUGGCCUUUAUGUUUCAACGCCAGAUAUUUAGUGAUCCGUACGGAAUGAUUUGCACUUCCACUCGAUUGGAUAAAUUGGAUUUAAAAAAAUCUUUUAGACCUCCAAACAUGUAUCAUUUACUGUCACUUUGCAUUACCAACAUAGAGUAAAUGUCUUUAACUUGUAGGAUUUAGAUGUAACUUCCUCUUUAUCUUUGUGAUAAUGGACAUUUUUCAUGUGAAGUAAAUUAAAUCAAAAACCAGUGACAAUUUUAUCAGCACAUCAUUUUUAAAAAUGUAAAUAUUGAACUUUGGACUUAGUUGCUUUUACAAGUGUUUAUGUCCUCUUUUGUUCUAAAAUGAAAGUUCUUAUCAGAUACAUAUAUUGUGGAGGACACACUAUAAUUAGGGAAAUAGUUUUGGGUUACUAUAAAGAUCGUAUUAAGCGCUUUAACUUCCUUUAAAGAAUCUAGAGACUAAUUCUUAUUUGUUGGACAUUUUUGUAUCAAGUGACCUACCAUGCAACUACAGAAAAAAAAAACUGAAAUAAGAGGAUGUCAAUCAGGAGACAGGUGUGUUAUUUUAAAAUACUUUUAUAAUAAACCUGGAGAUGGUUGCUUUUGAAUACCAACAUCUCCAGUGAGCAAUAACAUAAGUAAUAAUGACAGUGUGGUUUAUUAAGAUCACAAGGGAGUGGCACAAGUGGAAUUAAUGUACAAACUUGUCAUUUAACAUCUUCAUUUUUAUUAGAAUAAAAAUAUCAAAUUACA